UAGAAGAACAAAAUCAUACAGGCUUUGGCCUGAAGUGAAUAAUAUCAUUGACAAGUGAGGCUAGAGGUCGGCUCUUACAAUGGUGUCAGUGCCAAUAACCCAACUAGAAAUGUGAGGUUCAGGGACAAACUAUGCGAAAGCUGGUAGGCUUGUAACGAUUCAGUUUGAGGAGGGCGGGAGUGAUCGCUGGGACCAGAAAGGGGCUAAACAAGGUGCAGCUCCAACUCUAGGAUUAGGGAUGAACUGCGUCGAAGUUGUUGGGCCUGUAACGAUUUGAUUUGACAAGGGUGGAAGUGAUCGCCGGGGCUAAAGAGGGCUCAUGAACCGCGUGGAAGCUAUUGGGCCCGUAACGAUCCGGUUCAACGACGUCGCUCGCAUAUCACGUGACAUCACCGUGACUGCACAAAGCUUCUGAAGCUUUGAAAGACGCCGACUUUGGAACUCCUCUGAAGAACAUUUUCUACACCGCUCUCGCGCAGAGACGCUGGCGACGACGGCGGCGAGAGAGAGAGACGAUGGCGGAGACGAGCACGAGCAGGAGGAGCGGCGGCGGCGGCGGGCAGAUGAACGGAGAAGCGAAGGAGAGGAUAGCGGAGAGGCUGUCGUCCCUGGAGAACCUCUACUUCCCCCGCGCCGUCCAGCCACGGGCCUCCGGUUCCGCUCAGCGCAAGUCCAUCUUCCUCGACCUCCUCUCUCGCGACGUCGCCGUUUUCUUAGAACGUUAUGGAACUCAUUUGACGAGCGAUGAGCUUCGAGAAUUUGAUGCGCUCAAGGAUGACUAUGAAAUAAACUGGCAUCUGAAUCACCUGAGGACCAUCAUGAGUCCAACUUCGGAUGAGUUACGGUCGAGAUCAAUCACUGUUAAAAAUCGCAGGAGAGCUUACCUUAAUAAGCUAAUAUCUGAUGGGCAAUACUUUUCGGAGGAUGCUAUGAGGGGGAGAGAGCCAUAUUUGCACCAUGAGUAUGUGGGGAAGUUCCAGGAUCCUAGUGGGAGGAGUAUGGCCAGGCCAGGGGAGAGGUGGUCGGAGACAUUGAUGAGGAGGUCAGAAGAAGCUUUUUUGGUUGCAGAGAUACGGAGGGAGCAGCAAAGGUUAGGUGUUGCUGAGAGGGACUGGAUUGGUAUGGAAAGAAAUCAAGUGGAAGAGGUGGAAGAGGAAGAAGAGGAAGAAGAGGAGGAGGAGGAGGAGGAGGAGGAGGAGGAGGAGGGUUUGGAGCCAGCAAAAGGAGAUCACAGCAUGAAAGCCAAUGGAUCUGCUGCCCCUUCCAAUCGCGAGGAGGAGGAGGAUGAGGGGGGUUUGGAGCCAGCAAAAGGAGAUCACAGCAUGAAAGCCAAUGGAUCUGCUGCCCCUUCCAAUCGCGAGGAGGAGGAGGAUGAGGGGGGUUUGGAGCCAGCAAAAGGAGAUCACAGCAUGAAAGCCAAUGGAUCUGCUGCCCCUUCCAAUCACGCGGAGACUGCCGCUGCAGGGCAGAUGGAAGGCGAAACUUUAUCUGCUAUGGAAAUUCAGGACCAGAUGGAUCAGUUCACUUACAUUAUGCAGCAGAAGUUUUUGUCAGGAGAAGAUCACCAGCACUUGGAUUACUCCAAAAUAGAUGAGGAUGAGACCCUGGAUGAUCACUGGCUUAGGGAGGCCAAUGACGAUGCCGAGGAGAAGUAUUUUGACGAAGAUUGAGAAUGUCAUGUUCAGUGAUUCAUCAUUGCCAUCAUAAACUAUGCAUCUGCUCUAUCUGUUGGCUGAGUUUAGCGAGUAUCCAUCCGUGGGUUUAGUUUCGUUCUCUCCAUUUUGUGUAGAUGAUAAUAUUGGCAUUCUGAUGAUGAAUCUGGUCGAUGGCAUGCGACCUUUACGCUGGAA